CCCCGCAGCGGUCAACUAAUCUAUACCUGGGUACGGUUUACCUAGUCAACCCCGAAUUCGUCUAAUUUUGCGGUUCCUAUUCUUCUCGUCCGUGCUUUGCUGGGAUAUCUCUGGGGUAAAGUGCCGGCAAAAGCUGUCCUUGAAGCCUUUCGUUCGUCACUUCAGCCAUUGGCGUCGACGGCAGAAUUCGAAAGACAUGAGUGCUCUGCUCUCCUCAUCUUGAUAACUCCGUUGAAAUGAACCGUCUCGCUUCAAGCCGAGAGCCGAGUCGCCUCCUUGGGGGAGCAGGAAACCCAAUUACGGGCGAGAUCACUGUCAAAGUCUCCAGGCUCCACUGGAAAGACGAAAGACACUUCCCUGCUAUCCCCACUCCGUCAAGUCUUCUCCACGCCAUCCAACGUCCAGCGAGUGGAACGCUCGCACCUAUUCCCACCUAGUCUUGUCCUUGUCUGGUGGAAUCCAGUGUCCACACGAGGCGCCCGGCAAAAUACGAUCGCCAAAGUAUGAAGACAUGGGCGUUGAUUCGCAUUCACCCGUUCGGACGGUACCAUUUUCUCGGCGAAGAGCUUAGCACUGAGAGGCUCAGUCUUGACCAAGGCUUGUUAGAGCACUUGGCGAUGAAGCUUUUGCCUUGAAACAUCCACUCGUUCGACUUUUGCCGGAUGAAAGUGGUAGUCCCUUGUCGCACACCCAUGUUCUAGUAUCUUGGCUGCAGGCAGCUUGUCUUUUGACGAGGUCCUCGCAGUGAUUGACAUGACAGCUGAUUGGGGACAGUCAACCUCCUACCAGGGCCUCACGCAAAGGACCCUAACAAAGUGGUCUUUUCCCGUCUGACGAGACACCACCUCAAGACCCAGAUCCUCCCGGACCGACACUCCGUCCAGAAGCUCGCACUGUAACUGUCCGUAGGCCCUGCUUCGCUUCCAGCGUUCGUCUUAUGAUUCAUGGCUCCAUAUAUUAGACCUGGAGACCCCGCGUUGUGAAUAGAUCGACCUCCCUCCCGUGUCUUGUCAGUCUCUCUUCAGUCAUUCUCUGGCCCAAGAUCCAACACUCCAAGACUGUUCUGGCUUUUGUUCUCCGCGCCAGCAGAUCCGAAUUGCCGUUACAAUACGAAUACAAAGCCACACCAUCUUCAGCGCCGUUGAACCGCCGUCAAGAUGGGGUUCUUGAAGGGCCUCUCGCAGAAGAAACCCAAGGGCGAGGCCGUCGUCCAAGCCCAAGCCGAGGCCCCCGACUUCGAGAAGGUUGAUUGGAUCAAAGACCCCGGUCUGCGAAAGCUCUAUUUUUACGCAUUCGUUCUUUGCAUUGCCUCUGCAACCACUGGCUACGAUGGAAUGUUCUUCAACUCGGUCCAGAACUUCAGCUCUUGGCAGGAGUUCUUCGACCACCCCAAAGGAGGACAGCUCGGUCUCCUCAGUGCUCUCUACCAGAUCGGUAGUUUGGUUUCUAUUCCCAUGGUUCCUUGGGUAGCAGAUAACUUCGGCAGACGAAUUCCUAUUAUCAUCGGCUGCGUGAUAAUGGUUGCCGGCGCUAUCCUGCAGGGCGCUUGCCAGAACCUGGGCAUGUUCAUGGGCGGCCGCGUCCUCCUCGGUUUCGGCAACUCCUUCGCCCAGAUCGCAUCACCCGCGCUUUUGUCAGAAUUAGCACAUCCACAACAUCGCGCUCGUUUGACGACGGUGUACAACUGUCUGUGGAAUGUCGGGGCUCUCAUCGUCGCCUGGCUGUCUUUCGGAACCGAUUUCUUGGGCAACGAGUGGUCGUGGCGUAUUCCCGCCAUCGGCCAAGCUGUGCCCUCCGUCGUCCAGCUCCUGUUCAUCUUCUGGGUUCCCGAGUCGCCCCGUUUCCUCAUCGCCAAAGACCGUCAUGACGAGGCCCUCAACAUACUCGGCAAAUAUCAUGCGAAUGGCAAUAAUGAACACCCGACUGUCCAGUUCGAGUUCCGUGAGAUCCGAGAGACCAUCAAGCGUGAGGUCGCCGCCAAGAACAGCAGCAGCUACCUAGACUUCUUCCGCACCCCAGGCAACAAGUACCGCUUCAUUGUCCUCAUCUCACUUGGUCUAUUCUCCCAGUGGUCUGGCAACGCCAUCAUUUCUAACUACACCAAUAUUCUGUACACGAACGCCGGCAUUGAGAGCUCCACGGCCAGACUCGGCCUCUCCGCCGGCCAGACUGGUCUCUCGUUGAUCGUUUCUCUGACGCUGGCCAUGCAGGUCGACCGCUUUGGUCGCCGCCCCAUCUUCCUUGCUUCCACUGGCGGCAUGCUCAUGACAUUUGUCUUCUGGACCCUCUCCGCCGGCUUGUACGAGGAGCACGGCUCCCCUGGCUCCAACUACGCCAUGAUCUUCUUCAUCUGGCUGUUCGGCUUCUUCUACGCCUUCGCCUGGUCCGGCCUGCUCAUCAGCUACUCCAUCGAGAUCCUGCCCUACAAGCUGCGCGCCAAGGGUCUCAUGAUUGUUAACCUCACCGUCCAGGCGGCCCUCACCCUCAACAACUACGCCAACCCCUAUGCGUUCGAACACUUCGAGGGACACACCUGGAAACUCUACCUCAUCUACACAGGCUGGAUCUUUCUCGAACUCACCUUUGUCUACUUCUUCUACGUCGAGACAAAGGGCCCCACUCUCGAGGAGCUCGCCAAAGUCAUCGACGGCCCCGACGCCGAGGUCGCCGACCUCGACCUCGCCCAGAUCGAGCAGGAGGUCAAAAUCGGCCACGAGGCCGAGGAGUUUGAGCACAAGCGCGGUUGAAACGUGUGAGAGGUCUGGUUUCCCUUUCGAAAAAGACUUGCUUCCAUUGCAAAAGAUACUACCCUAGAGCUUGAAACAUGAGUGCGCAUAUGAUGAGCAUGCAGAUACCCCACCACCCAUUUUUUAUGUACAGAGUCAUGCGGUACGCACUUUAUAUACACAUAAUAAUAUGAUCUAGAACACAGAUAAGAGAUGGCGUAUUGUCUUUCACUUCGUGCUCUGCUUUGUCCAUAUACAAGUUCUGCAGCUA